CAGCGUCACCUGCAGGUUGGUGAUUUUGGAAGAAGCAGGUCUUCGUCACCAAGAGGUAUGCAAUCAACAGGCUUUGGUGGAGGCGGUGGCGGACAAAUGGCCCAACUGAAUAAUCAAGUUGAGCCAGCGACACGCUUCUCAUCCAGUGCCGGCUAUGUGGCGCAGCAAUUGAUCGAGCCCACAGGUUUCAACAUGUCACCGGACGUACCAAAUUUCUUGAGGGAUAGUUAUGACUAUUCAUCGGAAACUCGGAAUGGUGGAUAUGCUGGUUCAAUGCUGCCGGAAGAGGCUAUCAGCUAUGAUGAAAACAGUCCCUAUGAGAUUAGCCCAACGAACCAAAUGGCAAGAAGGAUGAGGGGCGGUGAGUUCUUUUCCAACGCUGCUGACUGGAGUGGUGCGAGAAGCCAGGCAAACAUGUACUACGGCCCAGACGAAGGCUACACACAACCUGGCUACCACACUUCGACAGCUCGCCCCACAAGCGACCUGCUGGCAGAUGCCGCUGACUGGAGCUCAUCUGGCGGUCAAGCCAGCAUCACGCACGAUGCUAGUGGAUAUGGAUUUUACGACAAUUUCCGCGAAGAUGGCUUCUAUUAGAUGAACCUCCUGGCUUUGGUGGGUCCGUACCUGGGAUUCCUUAGCAUGGUGGCAUUCUUCUGCGCUGUUGUCUCGUAAGGUAUGCGCCUCGUCGUCUAGAUUAUUACAAUCUCAGCAGACGCAUCCCACGCUAUUGACCGCUCUCAUGAUAUUUGCAAAAAGUAUCUAACUAAUAUAACGCAACAGAACAUCCACACGCCCGAGGUGAUUUGUAACCCUCGGCAGCAGAGGAGACCCCCAAUUGGACUUGGCUUUCGAUGCUUUCUUCUUUUUUCGCGCAUAUUGUAGUCGCAUCGUCCCUCCUCGCAGGCGUCGCACGUCGCCGUCUGUUUCUUCUUAGUUCAUCAUUCGUGCAAACGACGAUCGAUCUCCUCAUCCGGCCCUCGAGCAGUCAAAUGCAUCUUCGUGCCACAGUUUGUCGGCGUUGGUAGGUCGGUUCUUGG